AUGCCAGACGGCCACACAGAUAGGAUACCAGGUCCUCAUCACGGGGGCAACUUUGAGCCCCCAACGCGGAAACGAAUCCAAGCCCACCACGCCGCAAGGCCAUCACUCACACGAGCCGUGUAUACCGACCGUGAGACACCGGACAUUAUGUCGCCAGUCAAGGCCAAACUUAACUAA